AUGAUCCAAGGAUUCGAGACAUUAAUAGCAUCGAAACCGUGUUCUGAAACAAGACCAUCUUUAGUAGUAGGACAAAAAUUUCCGCCAAUAAAAAUUGACUACAUGAAAAAUAUCCGACAAUUGAAAUUAGCUAUUACAGAGAACAACGACAAAAGAGUCAAACAAUUGUGUGAUGAAUUGAUAAAAUAUUGUGACUCGUUAGAAACCGACGAUCUUCUGGAGUUGUUAAAUUUCGUGCGUACAGCUAUUGAGGCGGUAUUGAGUAUUGUGUUACUUGAGAAUGAAUAUAGUGAUGUAUUAUACCAGCUGUCAUGGUCAUUACAUACACGAGUUGGAAAGAGCAUUCUCACUCCUCUAUGCAACAGCCGUGAGAAAAAACUGAGAUCUGAAACAUUUUAUUCAUUUAUUCAACAGCUCAGUUCGUCUUCCAUAAGCAGGUAUUUAGAAGAUCAAAUUACAAAUGAGAAACAACGAAAUUCAUGUUCAGUCAUUAUUUGGAUUAUUGUUACGAUAAUUAAUUGCUCACUUGAUUCAUCAGAAAUGCAUAAAACUGAUUUGGAUCAACAUAUUUUACUAUUUCAAGUAUUACUACGAUAUAUUAAUCAACAUUUUAACUCGGACACACAAUACGUGCAAGUUAAUAUUGAAUUAAUUCUAAAACUAAUCUGGAGUCUUGUUGAUCAAACAAUGCUGAUUCCAUUUUUCGUCGGUAUCGAUUUACCUAAAGCUAUUUUGACCUGGAUGCAACAAUCAGAAACAAAAGUGCACGGCAAUCUUCCCUUAAUCAAUAUACUACACAAUAUAGCACGUCAUGAUGCAGGUGCAGAAAAGCUGAAUAAUUACGGUGCGAUUCCUGUUUUGGAGGCGUACAAAAAACAGAAAUUGAAAAAUGAAUGGACUGAAUGUGACCCUGCUCAGUUUGAUCUAAUCUACUCCAUGUCAACAUUACUUUUAUUGUCACCAGACGAAGUAAAAUCAAACGCUCAAACGGCAGGAAAUAUCCUUGAUCAACUUAUAGAACUUGCAGUAAAAGCGUCACAAACCAAUGACUGGAAGUGUGAUUUAGUUGGUUUAACAUUUCAUAUAACGGAAUCACUCGUUGUUUUAACAAAAUUAUUUGUUAACGAUGAUGUUGUUGAUUAUGUUCUGAAGCGCUCUCAAUCAGAUAUACGUUUUUUUGCCAAUCUGCUGUGCCGUUCGACCAGUAAUAUAGAUAGUGACGAAGAUGAAUAUUUGAAACUAACUCAAAUAACGUUAUUCAACAUUGUCUGGAGCAUAUCAUUUAGUGAAAAGUACAACAAGGAACUGAAACUACAUAAAAAAUUAAUUGUUCAAGUUGAGGAAGUAGCUAAAAAAUAUCAUAGUGCUGAAAUUAUCGAUCACUAUGUACCAAAACAUUUUUCGAAUAUUAAAAAGGCAGCCGACGGUAUAUUAUUUAAUCUGAAGACUGAAUAUGGUACUGCUGCAGCAGUUAGAAAACCAAAUAAAAACGUCAAGCCAUUUGUUAUGAUUAGUUAUUCACAUGCCGAUAGGAGUUUUUGUACCGAGUUAGUUAAUCGAUUAACUGCAGAAAAAAAUAUUGAUGUGUGGACAGACUUUAGUUCACAAGGAAAUAAUAACGAAGUCUUUCACUCAUAUGAUUUAUGGGAACAAAUAGCUCACGCCAUCGAGAAAGCGAACGUUGUUUUAUUAAUCAUGACUGAGAAUUAUUAUAAAAGCAAAUCUUGCCGUCAAGAAGUAGCCUAUGCAAAUGACUCACUAAAUAAACGAAUCAUUCCUAUUUAUCCAUACAACAAUUACAUCGCAACUGGAUGGCUUGGUGUGAGAAUCGCUCCUCUUACAUACAUUCAUUUUGGACGAAAAACAUUUAGUUGUGCAAUGAAAGAGCUGAUUAAUGCAGUAAUGGAACAACAGUCAGUAGGAGCGUGCAAAGCUACAAACGACAAAGAUAUUACACCCAUAAAAGUAACCGAACCUACAGCCGAAAGGUUACCACGGGCAAAUAUAUCUGUUCGAAAUUGGUUAGUUGAUGAUGUUGCUUCGUGGUUUCAUAAAAAUGGAAUUUCUCAUGAAUUACGUAUAUUAUAUGAUUUUCAAUCAGGUUCAGAGCUACUGGAUUACGGCAAUGAUUUCAGAAGGAAUUUUGAUCAGGAGAAAAAAGACACUCGGAAACGUUUCGAAAAGAAAUUUGGAGAACCGAUGAAUACCGUUCAGUUUAAUCGAUUUAAAGACGCUUUAUACCGACUGAUAGACAAGCAAGAUUGUAUACAACGUUCUUACAGAUUUUGA